AUGGAGAGUGGGAACACGAGGCUCAGACAAGAAUUGAGGGGUUUCUCGUACAACGCUAAACGGGACGCUGCACUGAAGGAGCUGCAGCUGCAGAAUAACUCGUCGGUGGAUGCAGCUCCCAGGGUGAUAGUCCUCACCCCUUCGCGGUCAGUCUCCGAGCAAAACCUGGCGGGGUCUGGCCACGGCGGCGAUGCCAGCAGCUCCCCAAAAUGCCGGUGGGAGGAGGUGGCCGCAGCACCUGGACCCCCUGCCCCCCACGGCCUGAACCGGGCGCUGCCCACGGCUUUCGGCAGAUUUCCCGGCUGGCCAAGGACUAUUCUCUCCUCCGGCCGAGCGCUCCGGGGCAACCCAUUUCUGCUGAAUUUGGCCUUCUGGCUUUGCCUGGCGGGCUGGUGUCUGUCGAGGGACAUCCCAGCGGCGGUGGGGAAGCCCAGCGCUUUGGUCUCUUCUCCAUCAGAGGAGACUGGCAGCGGCGUGCCCUUUGCAGGAGGCGGGCUGGCGGUCACCGACCUGCUGGGCAAGUGCCUGCUCAGCCCCAUCGUGCUGGCAGCCUACGCCUACAACCGCAGCCUCAGCGAGCUGGGACCGGGCGGGCGCACCGAGGGCGGGCCGGGCGUCCUCUGCCAGCUCUUCGCCUUCCUCAUGGCCUUCUUCGGGCUGGCCCCCACCCUGCUGCUGCUGGCCAUGGCGCUGGAGUGUUGGCUCUCCCUGGGGCAUCCCUACUUCUACCGACGGCAUCUCACCCGGCGGCUGGGUGCCACGUUGGGGCCGGUGGUGGCGGGGCUCUGCGCCCUUUUCUGCGCCCUGCCGCUGCUGGGCUUCGGGGUGCCCAUGCAGUACUGCCCCGGGACAUGGUGCUUCAUCCGCAUGGCCGGCGGCGGGCCUCGCCAGCUCAGCUUCCCCGUCCUCUACGCCAGCCUGAUGGGCCUGUUGGUGUUGGCCAUCGGUGCCUGCAAUGUGAGCAGCAUGCGGCACCUCUACCGCAUGGCGCGGCGCCAGCCCCACCCACCGCCUGCUGUCACCCACUAUGAGCAGAGCUGGUGCCGCAGCAGGGGCUAUCCCAAAAUCAGGAUCCGGGUGUACAUGGGGGCAUUCGCUGCUGAUUUCAACGAGAACGCUGACCUCAGCGCCCUGCGGUUUCUCUCCGUGAACUCCAUCGUGGACCCCUGGGUCUUCAUCAUCUUCCGCACCUCCGUCUUCCGCAUGUUCGUCCGCAGGGUCUGCCGGAAGCUGAAUUCUCGGAAAGCCAGCCUGAAAGGGCCCGGCCCCGGAGGGGACGGCCAGUUCUGCCCCCUGGGCUGGCGCAGGACAGACGCCCCGCAGCUCGGCUUCCCCUGA